AUGGAUGUGGAUAUGACGGAUGUGCCUUCACAAGGGAACACUUCCACUCUUGAAAAGGUAGACCUGAUCAAGACCGUAAGAGGUCUUGACCAGAGUGGCCCUGGAGAAGAUGGCAAGAAUCUUGAGAAGCUGUGGAAGAACUUGACAUUAUCUGCAGAUGCUCAAUUCCAUGCUGCGGAGGAAAGCAGUUUGCGGUGGCUGCUAAAGUCCAUGAAUGGCGCAUCAAAGGACGCCGAAACUUUGCGACGAUGGCCUCUGACCUGGACAAUUCUCGAAUGUGUCUUUCAGCGCAUUCCUCUCUUUUCGCUCGCCAAAUCACUCGCCGACCGACGAUUCAUUGCUGUCCUGCAACAGGCAUUGAAGGAUGUCUCCCAACCAACUACAGAAACCCCAUCUACUCCUUCGAAGAGGAAGAGAUCGACGACGAAAAGCUUUAGCCUGGAUGCUCUACGAGAUACCGAAGGAUGUUUGAUGGCUGGCGACGCCCUGUUCAGUGCUUUGAAGAGUCUACUUGACCGACUCGAGUUUACCGCGACGCAAUCAUCUCACGACAGGAUCGGCGCCGAACAUAUUCGAUCGCUUUUCUGUACUUCGGCAGCCGAUGCUGCAGCUUUGGCUUCCCUGUCGUUGAAGUUGUGCGACAUUGCGCUUGCCAGUGGUGAAGAGCAGGAGGGCCGGGAAUCAUGGAUCGAGACGAUAAUUACCAUCUGGCAUUUGCACCUGCAAGGGAACGAUGACACGUUGGAGGUUGCUGCGCACCUGUUUUCCCCAUCUACGGCUAUUCUCGAUAAACUGGAGGGAAUCUCAGGAUCAAACAAGACCGUCGUAAGCGAACCCUUGCGAGCGAAAUGGACAGCCGACCUAGAAAAGCUCAUGCACCGCAAUUUGAUACUCCCCGCCCGAGCCGCCUUCAUCAACCGACAAGACCUGGGGCCCAUCACAAGAGCACUUCACGCAGCCAGUAAUAAUCUUGGCGUGGCAGCCCCUGCCCUAUACUUUUUGGCCUCAGGUGUCACGGAUGCGCUGAGCGAAGGAAGACUACGAAAAGGAAGCAUCGAUUGGACGAAGCAGAUCUUCAAGAUCGUAGAAGGAUCAUUAAGGGACCGCGAGGAUCGAGAUACGCUUGUGCAGGUUGUCCUGGAGCGAGCGGCCGAGAAAACAAUGUUAAUUGAAACGGAUGACCUGCGCUCUGUUUGUCGAGAAUAUGCCAUUCAGGAACAGAGCACAAACUGGCGGUUAAUUGCGGUCAUUGCUACUUGUGACCCCGAUAUAUUCCUCCAGCGAUCUGAGGAGGGCGCACGAUUAUUGGAAACUGUCUGCGAACGGAGCACUUCCAAAGAACUCAGCCAAGAUGACGUUGAAUCGGUCUCAAAGAUUAUUAAGGCUAUUGCUGAAGUAUUCCGGACCGGACGAGUGUUUGGCGAUUUCUUGAAGUUAUGGUUCCAGCAGUUAUGCAAGGUCGAGAAGCAGAAGAGUGAGAUUGCCUCACCUUGGCUUCAGGUUGGCCAAGUGCAGCAAGGUCACGACUCAUUUGAGACCUUGAUCGAAAAGGAGAUGUCACCACUACAGUUGCUUGAUGUUUUGCAAUGGCUAGAGAAUGAAAAGCUACACUCGAGGGCGCUUUGCCUCUUCCUGGACUCUAUUGCCCAGGGCAUUAGAAGCGAGACUUAUGUGGAUGCCAUUGGUAGCAGGCUUUUUGACUUGGUGAGCCAGGUAAAGAAGUCAUCAUCUACUCUGACAGCCUUGAAGUGGGGAGUUGUGUCAAAGACUAUCUCGUGGGUUACUCCUGAGUCAACGACUGAGAUUUGGACUGCGGUGCAGAAGCAGCUUACCAAGAUCUUGUCCGAGUCACCCGUUGAGUCUAGGGAGACAUAUGAGGCAUUCAAGUGCUGCUGCCAGGCUUGGAUUUCGAUGAGCCCUGAUGGCGCACACAUCUCUGAGCCUGCCGGCCUAGUUGAUGCUUUUACUACCCGACUCUCAUCUGAACUUCUAUCUUCAAAGUCUCUGAAGGGCAAGGAUUUGUCUCUGUUAUUACAGCAGGACCACACACCAGCCUUCCUUGAAGAAGCAGCUGCCGAGCAUUAUCUUGCAUGGUUCUUGCGCGGUUGCAGUCGGCUCACUCGUUUCGUCUACGGCACGAAGGCGACUCUUCCUCAAGCCUUGGAAAACGCAUUAUCACUCCCUAGUAGCCAGGUCACGCAAUUGAGAGACAUAUGGGCUUGUCUGCUCGAGAAUGAGAAUAGCAUGAACAGUGCUAAAGUUGCUGGUAACCUCAUUGACCGUUUAAUCAAUUCGCUGGAAGAGGACGGAAAGGAGAAGCACUGGCCUGCGGAAAGCAGCCAGACCUGGAUCAGAAGCUUAAACAGUGCUCAUACAGAUGCCUUCAGCCGAUCCCAACGAGAGCGUGUCAUGACACUACUCCAUGCGCACCGAUCGAAGACGACAAAGCGUGUGUCCAUUGAGGGCUGGAGAUAUAUACUUGCUCUAUCCACCAAGUUGAUGAGUCGAGCAACAUUCUACGAGGGCAUGCAGUUCUCACACUUGGCCGAAGUCGCUGAUGCCAUGUCGAAUCUCUCAAGCUCAACGCCAACACAAGACGGCACUCUGACCGACCUUAUUGACGCAUACUAUGCCAUGGCAGCAACUACUAUCCGCCAGAUGGCAGAGCACGUGGAAGAACGUAGUGUAAAGUACUUGAGCGAAAGUCGCAGUUUUAUUUCCGACUGUGAAGACGCCGGAGAUUUGUCACCUUUCCGUCUGACACUGCUGAAGGCACUCAUCGACGAAAUCUCCAAGUCACCCAACUGCUCCAGUCAUCCUGAAUUGAGUUCGCUUCCAGACAUCGCCAAGAAUGCACUUGGAAAGUGCGUGAUUGCUGCGACUGGGUACUUUUUGACGGAAAAGAAGGCAUUCGAGAGUCAUAAUGUCAUUGCUGACCUUCGACUUUUUGCAGCAGUGGACGCAGCAGAGUCUCUGGAUAGUCUCUCGGGAGCUACGAAGCCGAAGCAAUCAGACGUACGCAAGGCAGAGAAGCGAAGCCACGCGGCCAUGGAAUCGGGAGAUCUAAGAGGAUGGAAGAUGGAAACGUUUCUCAGAACAUUCUUUACACCACUUCUGGAGGAACCCCGACCAACAACAUUCUACAGUCUCAGCCAAGUCCCUCGAAAACUUCGCGAGCCGUUCUUCAAGAGCAACGUUGUAUCAAUCAUAAAGCCAAUGGAUACUUCCGCCAGGAUGGAUUACUUGAAGGAUCUCAUUCAAGCUUUCGUGCAAGGCUCGAACACGGAUGGUCAGGCGUCAGCUAUCCAUACCGUCGUGGACCAGCUUCUAGCAUCUUCUGAUCUCCAAACCAAGGGAUCCGAGUUCGACCUAGCAACGGCUCACAGCGAGCUGACCGCGACGCUUUUGACACUCAAGGGACAAUUCGUAUGCACCCGCGUAUGCCGAAUUCUCCGCGCCAUCCUCGAAAAGAAGCCUCAAUCCAUGACUCAAUGGAACAUUGAGCUUGUUCUCACCACUGUUUCCGACCUGAGCCUGUCUACCAAGCUGCUUGAUGAGCAGGUGCCCAACGAGAGGGUACCUUUCGCUUCGCUAUGCGGGUUGGUAGAAAUCAUUAUCAAGAAGCACCGCCUCAGGCUCGAAGGUCACCACCACCUUCUGCUGUCAACAAUACAGGCUCUCCUCCGCAAUCUUGUCAUUAAUCACAGCGCCACUGACACCUUGGGACAAACUUUGCACGAGUCCAAGGCUCACCUUUAUGCUCGUCUUAUCACACUCAUUUGUGAGCCGACAGCUGGCGCUGUGGCCCGAUCACAACACCAGAGCUCUCUGGAUUCGGCCACAGAUGCUGCAAAGCGUUCGGCUGGAAGACACAUGUAUCUGAUCAUGAUGCAGUAUGUCAAGCUGCAGCUCGAGGCUGAUGUGCCGCGCCGGGUGAACGAGGCUCUCGAGCCCGCCAUGAACUCUAUCUUCGAUGUUACACCUCCCGAGGUGCGAAAGAUUCUGAACGAUGCUAUGGAUAAGAGUGGACGUGCCAUUCUGAAGGAGAUGUACAAGAGAUACACCAAGUUUGGUAAAUGGAGCGGAGUAUAG